UCAUCUGACGUUUAGAUAAUUGCUGUGGCACAUGAGUUGUGUGAUUGAAAUGUAUAUAUAGUAUUGGAGAGCAACCAUGAGCACUAACGCAGAAAGGAAAUUUAUCAACUUGAGAAAACGUCUCGAUCAGCUGGGGUACCGACAACCACUCGGAAUUGAGACAUUGCCACUGGUGGAGAAACUGUUCAGUGAUUUGGUCCACACAACUGAAAGCCUGCGCAAUGCCAAACUGUCAGCAGGAAAGACAGAGAAAGAAAGUCGAAACGUGGAUGCCCUGCUGGAGCCGUAUAAGAAAGAGAAUGCGAGAUUGGUCAAAGAGAACAAUGAGCUGCACCUUGAGCUUCUCAAACUGCGGGAGGAGAAGGACCGUGUCUGUAGAGAUCUCAAGGCCCACGUUCGGAGAUUGGACCAUGAGACCACUGACCUGAAGUUCUUGAAUAAUCAGUAUGUGCACAAGGUCCGCUGCCUGGAGAAGGACAGCAAGGCUAAAGCUGAACGCAUCCAACAACUCCAGGAAAAGAACAUGCAAGCUGUAGUGCAGACGCCAGGUGGGAAAAAGCACAGCAUCCCUUUCAGACGUCAGAGAAUGCAAAUUGAUGAGCUCAUACCUCCCUCAGCUACCACUGGUUAUCCCGUGUUGCAGCCUGAUGAUCCAUACAUAGCUGAUCUGCUGCAGCUGGCUGAUGGAAGGAUUCACGAGUUACAGGAAGACAUCACAAAAGUCAAACUAGACCUGGAAAAAGCUCAGGAAUGCAUCAAACACUUGAGCACUCAGGUAGAGGAGCGGGACAUAGAGAUUGAGCGUCUGCAUCAUGCACUUGACGGAGGGCGUCCUCAUGCCAUCAUCUCCCUAGAGGCCCAGAAUGUCAGCAAUGAGAAAUUAAUCACCCAUCUUAACCUUCAAAUUGAAUACUUGCAGGAGACCAACAGGACACUGGAACAGAAAAUAGAGGGACUGCAGCAGAAGAAGCGGAAUGCCUCCAGUGAAGUUGCAGAUUUGUCCACAAAAAACCAGGAAUUAUGCGAAGAGCUUACGCAAAUCGACCACCUCGCUAAGCAGCUAGAGAUGGACAAAGAGCUGGUGCUGGAGACUGCUGACCUAGAAUUGCAGGAAUCUAAAAAAGAAAUUCAAAGGCAGCAUAAAACCAUUGAGGAUCUGGAGGAUAUUAUCACAAAAAUAAGAAGGGAGCAGUCUGAAGAGGACUAUGAAAAAGGCUGUCUAAGGGACCAGAUGGCAGAGCUCAAGGAACAAAAUGAGAAAAUGGAGGGACUUCUAAAUUUCCUGGAGGAAGAGAAGAAGAGGCAGCAGAACAAAAUGGAGAAAAUGACAGUGACUGAAAAAGAGCUGGUGUUGGAGCUAGAGACCAUGCGGGCUAAACAUGGUGUGUGUGGGAGAGAGCGCUCCCCGUCCCGCCUGGAUGCAUUUGUCAGGAGCCUGGAGGAAGAAAGGGAUUACUACCGGCAAGAGGCUGAGCAUUACAGGAGGGCCAGGGGGCCAGGAGGGCUAGACCUGAGCCCCUCACGUAGCCCGGGCAGGAGUUCUAGGCCCAGAAUAGGCAGGGGGCAUACUGGGGAGACUGAAUUGUCUCGUAUAGCAAAGGAAAGGGAUGAGCUGAAGACUUACCUGCAGGACUUUGAGAAGCACAUGGAGGAGAUCCAAACCAGCGUGAUGGCCCUCAGCUCCGAAAAGGACCAGCUCAAAGCUCAGCUCAAAAAGGCUCAAGAUGAACUAAGGCAGACCUGUAACGGGACAGAGCUGUCUGCUGAAAUGCUGAAUCUGAAGGAGGAGCGGGAACUGGCAGAAACUGAGCUCCAGCAGAUGAUCUCUGAAAGAGAUUCACUUAGGGAACGAUUAAAGGUUAUCCAGACUUCAGCACUCACAGACCGGCAGGAGGAGGAGAGGAGGAUGCUUGAACUGGAGAGUACUAUCAAGCGUCUGGAGCGGGAAAGACUGGACCUGCGCUCAGAGGUGUGCAUAUUGCAGGAGAACAAGGAAGUUGUGGAAGGAGAGCUGAAGGUUCGGUCCACUGCCUUUGUCCAAAAUGUGGAGGAGACGGCAAAGCAGAGGGCUGAGGCUAAUGCACUGAGGCUGCUACAGGAGCAGAUGGAGCGAUCACUUAGUGACACUCAACACAGACUCUCUGUGAAGACCAACGAGCUGCAAGCUGCUCACCAACAGAUUGAGAAACUGGAAGAGAGGAUAGGGGAACUGAGCAAUCGGGGUUCCAACCACAAGGAGGAGGUAGCUGUUCUUCAGAAGUCCAUCUCUGUUCUGGACAUGGAGAAAGAUGCUCUGCAAGAUGAGAUGGACCAGAAAACUGAGAAGCUAGUAGUGCUCCAGGAGGAGCUAUCUAAGAGGGAAAAGACCCUUGAAGAUCAGAGACUUGCCAUCACAAACCUGGAUAACUCUGUAUGUCAGCUGAACGGGGUGCUAAGCAGCCGUGAGAGGGAGAUAGCCAGUCUGAGGCGACAGCUGGAUACAGCUCAGGAGGAGCUGGCAAGCCUCAGUAGGAACAAAGAGAUUACACUCAGAGAAAACAUGAGGUUGCAGGAUGACCUGGCCACAAUGACCAGAGAGAACCAAGCUAUACAUGCUGAGAUGGAAGAGGUCUUGCACGAGAAAGAUGAGCUGAAGUUGAGAGUUCAUUCCUACAUCUCUGAGGUUUCCAGAAUAGAGAAACUGAUGGCUGCAAAGGAGCAGGAGAACAGGGACAUGCUGGAGUGCUUUCGGAAGGCCCACUCAGAGAUGGAGGACAGGGAGCAGAAGCUGCAACAGGUGGAGGGCCUCAACAACUCCAUCCGCCUGGAGCUUCUCUCCUCAGACACAGAGCGCAGGCACCUCCGUGAGACAGUCAGCCACCAAGAGAGGGAGAUACAACAGCAUAUGCAAGCACAGCAGGCAUAUGAGGCCCAGGUAUCAUCGCUGGUUCGGGGGAUGUCGCGGCUGGAGGAGGAGUUACGUACAGUGCAGCAGGAAAAAGCCUCUCUAGUCUCUGAUCUGGCCUCCGUCAGAGAACUCUGUGUCAAACUGGACUCAGACAAGGAGCUUACUGCACGCCAGCUCACCUCCAAGAGUAUGGAACUGGAAAGGAUAACCGGAGAACUGGAGGAUGUUCGCUCAGAGACAGAGCUGCUAAAGAAGCAAUUUGCGAGUGAGCGGCUGACUGUCCGUAACUUGGAGACGCUCCUCUCCACCAAUCGGCAGAAGGAGUUCCAAACCCACCUGACUGCAAGCGAGAAAGAGUCAGAGCUGAAAGUCCUACGAGACAGACUCACCCUGGCCGACAGCAAAAUUGCAGGGCAUGCCAGGGAGGUGUCCCAACUCCGAGGGAAAGUCUCUCAGCUGCAGACAGAGCUAGAUGUUCUCAAGAGACAGUUGACCACAGAACGCUUUGAGCGGGAAAGGGCAAUUCAGGAGCUUCGCAGACAGGGUGUUUCUUUCUCCUCCCUGAGGAGUCCCUCCCCUCUCAGUGUCAGUCCCCAAACUGUGUCCCCAGAGCGCUCCAUCCUCCGAAUGACUGACCGCUCCACCGACAAAUCUGCAGACAAAAAUGUGAGUUUUAAAGAGUAGCAGUUUGAAAGCCAGAAAAAUGAAGGUGCUGACGAGAGUCGCAAGUCGUCUGGAGAAAAUGAUGAAAUCUUGACACUUGAACUCUUGAUGUUGGCAUGUGGCUU